AUGACCGUUUCGCAAGAAAGCAGCAGAGUACCCAUGUUGGCAUCGAGAAAGCAAUGUCUCAGUCCUUCGCGCAUGGAAUAUGAAAUCCAACAGCCUGCGUCCACAAGAUGUAGUUUUCGUCCGGAGCUGCGUCGCAACGACAACGGCGUGGUCUUCCAAGUGUUGCUAUUGGAGUUUGAACAGCAAAUAGCACCACCUGUUGUCAACACGCUAAAGGCAUAUCAUGAGCGUGAAGUGCCUUCGGGCAGUUCCAAGUGUGUGGCGUGA